UUCACCACCAAACCCACAAAUGGCCUCCACCUCUAUCACAUUUUGUAAUGCUCUACGCACUCUUUCCUGCUCCCCACGAAGCAUAUUUAACACUCAACUCCACGCUCUUCAACUGAUCAGAUCAAGCCGGCCAAUCGUUUUUCGAAGCGUUUCUGUGAUCGCCACGGAUCCGAGCAAGUUCAAGUGCGUAAGAACCAAGGCAUCAAUGGCUGAGACUUCCACUGACAACAAAAAGAAGGUGCAAGUGUUUGAUUCUGAGGAAGAUCUCGCUGUUUCACUGGCCAAAUACACGGCCGACUUGUCGGAGAAGUUUUGUAAAGAGAGGGGUAGUUUCACUGUCGUUUUGUCCGGUGGUUCACUCAUCAAGUCACUCAGGAAAUUGGUGGAUCAGCCGUAUGUUGAUUCAAUUGAAUGGGAGAAAUGGCACGUUUUUUGGGUGGAUGAGAGAGUUGUUCCGAAGGAUCAUGAAGAUAGUAAUUAUAAACUAGCGUUUGAUGGCUUUCUCUCUAAGGUACCAAUUACCCCUGGUAACGUUUAUUCUAUCAAUGAUUCACUGUCGGCGGAGGGUGCAGCUGAAGAUUAUGAGAUCUGUCUCAAACAUUUGGUUAAGAGUAAUAUAAUAGAUGUAUCACCAGCCACUGGGUUGCCAAAGUUUGAUCUCAUGCUUCUGGGUAUGGGCCCGGAUGGACAUGUAGCUUCUCUAUUUCCAGGGCAUCCUCUUGUAAACGAGAAAGAGAAAUGGGUUACCUUCAUUAAAGACUCACCAAAGCCACCUCCAGAGAGGAUCACUUUUACCUUUCCAGUAAUCAACUCAUCUGCAUAUAAUGCACUUGUGGUGUGCGGUGCUGGGAAAGCUGGUCCAGUGCAGGCUGCUUUGGGAAAUAGUCAGAAUUCUGAUAAGCUGCCUGUUCAAAUGGUUUCAGCAGAAGUUGAAUUAGCUUGGUUUCUAGACAAAGAUGCAGCUUCAAAACUUUAAGUGGUUGGAAAAUCUAGCGAUGUGAGCAGAUCCAUGUAAUAUCUACUGUCUUUAUUUUGUGCUUUGUGUACUUUGUGGUUUGUUUGAUCGAUGGAUAGGAGCUACUGGAUAUUGUAAUACUGGUAAUAGGUAUGGACUAAUAAGGCUUUUCUUCUUCUGCUAUGGCAAGAGAAAAGGGUUUGAAUCGAAUAAAAUUUUACGUCCAAGGCUCUUAUAGUUAUGUUUU